AACAAAACUGAUAAAUUAAGUAAUGUAGCUUAGAUCAGUCAAGUACCUAUCAUACAGCAAAAUCGUAUACUAAACCAACCACAUUAUACUAUUGACACGCCUAGUUCGUAGGAACUAGAAACCCCUCCUGAUUCUUAUUCUUCUCUAUUCAUCCAAACGCGUCGGCCUCUAAUAACCAGAAUGAGACAGCCAACAGGCGCUUUACUCUUUUCCCUCAGUGUGGCGCUGAUUAUAGGCUGCACGAGCGCGACUUUCAAGGACCCCAAUCCCUGGCGUAAAUUCUACAAAGACACCGGGGCUUUCGCGGCGGCGCCCUUAAUGCCCGCACGUCAGAUGUACCAGCCGGAGUGGCAUUUCUGGGAGGACCCCCACUAUCAGCUGCAGAUGGCCCGCCAGAUGGACGAUCAACCCAUCUACCAGGUGGCGGAAGCGCAGUUGCUGCCUUCGGGCGAUGCUGCGGAGCGGUACCUCCGUCAGGAAGCGGGUGAAACGAGUCCGGACGACGAGGCCGCCAUGUACGACACGCAGCACCAGGACGCCAGCAAUUACGGCCAGCUGGCCAUGGGCGGCGGACCGGGUGUGCGGAAGACGCUGAUCAACGACAACGAGUUUAUCUUCGGCCUGAAGCCCUACAUCCGCACCGACCCGCCCAUGUUCGGCGGCUACUCCACACCCGGGGUACCGGCCGGGGGAGCCAGCACCGUCAGACCGCUGCCUGGACCGCCUUAAGUCGGGAGUUUCCCUGUUCGGUUGCAUGAAUGGUGUUGGCGUGAAAAGACUGCAUGGUGCAAUACUCUGUGAUUAUGAGUGUGAUACAAUGACGAUUAAACAACAGAUACGA